ACAAGUGUUAAGCUUUAAAUUGGGUAUAAUUCAUAAAGCAUCGGUACGAUAGAUUCAGCAUGUAUAACGUGUAAACCAUCCGUACUGUUCGUAUGGAGUUAUAGAGACGAAAUGCAAAUCUUAAUCAUCAUAGGUGUACUGUUAAUUGCGAGGAGCCAAUGUUUCCUAAAACUCCCAUUUAAAGACAAAAUUCAAUAUCACGACGUAAUAGAUAUUGAAAUAUCAAAUGAACAUCGACCUAGAAGGUCUACAGACAACUUAAACCAUAUAGAAACAUAUGACCUUGACUUUGAAGUAGAAAGGUCAAACGUUAAGCUUCACCUUGUACGCAAUGACAAGAUUGAUACGAAUGUUCCAAUCUAUACCAUGAAACAUGGUUCAACGAAAAAAUACAAUGGACGUGAAAAAGAGGAUUCCAUUUUUUAUCAAGACGUAAAGAAUGAUGCAUCAUUUGUGGUUCAAACAGAUCUACAAGGAAAACAAAGCAUGUUUGGAACGUUCAGCUUUGCAGGGGAGGAAUAUAUUAUGCAGACUUCUCCACAAAGAAACAAUACAUUUGAUGGAAGAUAUAAAAAUGUUCAACUUAUAAAAGAACGUAAAAGAAAUGUACAAUUUGAUGACGUUUUCAAAAUAGGUGACAGUUUCAAACAUCAGACAAAAUACCACAGACGAAAAAGAGCCACUGGAAGUCAUCAGAUUGAGUUACUAAUAAUUUGCGAUUAUGCUAUUUAUAGUUAUUGGUACGCUAAGAGUGACAAAUCUACAAUACAGGAAAAGGAAACAGACGCCCUGACAACAGUUCGACAGUAUUAUGCUUUUGUUCUCAACGGGAUGGACGCCAUGUAUAAAAAUAUCCAAACAUCAUCUUACACAAUAUCUGUUUUAUUUACUGGAAUUAUUAUUUCUCAGACACCAGGUGACGCUCCAUGGACAGAGAAUAUUAAAGAUACGUCAUUUACUCCGAACAGAGUCGAUUCAACUGUUGCUUUAGGGAAUUUCCAGGCAUGGGUAAAGCUACAAACCGGAUUACCAGAUCACGAUCAUGCAAUGCUGUUUACCCGAUAUGAUCUGACAGCUUCUGGAUUGACAGGGAAUGCCGGUCUCGCUUUCACUAGUGCUGUAUGUUCGGAGAACAGUCAAUCUAUAGUAGAGGAAGCAUUUGAUUUUGUUGUCAUUACUACAGCAGCACAUGAAUUGGGACACUGUUUGAGCGCUAGCCAUGACGGCUCUGGAAACCUGUGUAGUCCAUCUGACGCAUAUAUAAUGGCAGCAUCUAGUAUGCCACAACAAGGGGCCACUGCAGCACAUCCUUGGAUUUUCUCUUCGUGUUCUACAGAAUAUUUUACCUCAUACAUCGAUCAACUUGAUUCGGCUAAUAACAAUUGUAUGAAGACAUUAAGUACAAGUUUCGACCCGACAGCCCAGUCUCCUUACGACCAGUUUCUGGCAGGACAAGUAUAUAAUGCAGAUAGUCAAUGUGUACAGCUGCACGGAGAUGGCUCAUACUUGUGCAGGGAACAAUAUAACGGCGAUUUUUCGACCAUAUGUAAUAUUCUUUGGUGUUACAAACCAGACAUUUCCCAAUGUCAGUCAUCGAUUGCAGGGGAAGGAACUCAUUGCGGCAAUCAAAAGUGGUGUGUUUCUGGCGUGUGUACCCAGGAUGUUAAAGCCCCCAUAGGGAACGAGAACUGUUUGUAUGGUGACAGGAAAGGUAUUAUAUUUAGUAACCUUGGCUGGACAUGCGCAGAUGCGUAUGCUAACAAUCCAAGCCUAUGUUCUUCUCAGCCUAUUGUGUCUCUCUUUUGUUGUGGUUCAUGUUUCCCUGAAACAACGACUGUGUCUCUUUCGACACAAAAUUAUGUGACUAGUACAGUACAUGUUACAACAAUGGACUCUGAUACCACUACAUCGUUGAAAACAACUAUAAAACCGGAAACCACUUCCGAAACUAAAAUUACAACAAUGGAAACAUCUAAACAACCAAAAACUACAACGUCCGUAAUUCAUACAACAAAGGCCGAUACUACAACCCCUCAAUUAAUAACGACCAAAACUUUUACAACUUUAAAUGUUGCAACAACACCUAAAUCAUCAACAGAGCACGACGAAACUACAACAGCCACCUCCACAACAACAAAAACAGAUUUUGUAACUACAACUGACAGUAUAACUACAAUAGCGGGAUUAACAACGACACAUGAAAAAACAUCAGUAUUAACAACAAAUCGGGUUAAAACUACAACAGCUGUUCCAACCACAACGGCACAAAAAGUUGGAACAACCAAAGCUGUAACUACAACAGGAGAAUUAACACCGACACAGAAAGCAACAUUAGUGUCAACAGACAAAACUCAGCAGCCAGAUACAUCUUCUGUCAAUGUAACUGAUGUUGUAGAUAAUACGAAUGGUAUUAUAGACCCAGUCGUGAUAGGAGUAGGCAUUGCAGUGUUUGGUUUAACCAUCCUUGGCAUUGUUAUAGUUUGUCUAACAGUGUACUAUAGAAGACGUGGAAAACACUCCAAAAACCAAAGUCGCAGUACAAAUGACUUUAAAAAGUCUGUAGAGCCAGAUUAUUAUUCAUACAACAACCCCUCAACUCCAGUUAUGGCUUAUGAUACAAUGUCAGGACGAUGGCAUCAGAGGGUGUUACACAGAGAACACUAUUCACUGCACGAUACAUAUAAUAACCCGUCGACAAUCUCAAAAGGAGGAAUUAGACCUGUCUGGAAUGCACAGUAUCAUUAUCAAGAUGCAGAUUCAAAUAUGGACGCCUAUAAUUAUGUAAAUUUUUAUUAAAUCUCUAACAAUG